AUGGGCGACCGAGCGCAGCCGAAUGCCAGUGGGUCGGCUGCGCCGAUCCAACUCGCAACAAUGGGCAUGUUCAUCAUCGACACUUUCCAAUUCAUCGAUCCGCGCACGGGGCAGGAUCUGGGCAACCGCGGCCUCGAGGACCAGAUCGGAGGAGGAGGAUGCUACUUUGCCAUUGGCGCGCGCAUGUGGUUGCCACCAAGCGCACUGCAGAUGGUCAUCGAUCGCGGCUGCGACUGGAAGCCUGAAGACCAACAAGUUCUGGAUCGAUACGACCAGACUGCAGCCGCGACGUCCGCUCCGGGCCCGGCGUCCAUGUGGCAUUACCGUUCGCGACCGGACCGCACGACCAGAGCCGUGAAUAUCUACACGGGAGAGCAUCGCGGUUUCGACUACCUCUCGCCGAAGAUCCGACUCGAGCCGAGCGAUCUGCUGGCUUGUUCACCCUGCGUGCCACCAGCGUUGCCGCAGUGGGUCCACCUCAUCUGCUCGCCCGAGCGCGCGCUCGAGACGAUCGCCCAGAUCCAUGCCGUCCUUGGUGCCGAGAAGAGUCCAGGUGCAAGGUCAGCGUCGAGCUUUCCGAAACUCGUCUACGAGCCGAUACCGGACUCGUGCGUGUUUGCGAACCUCGACGAGUGUCUGCGCGUUCUGCCUUCGCUGGCCGUGUUCAGUCCCAACCACGAGGAGGCGGCCGCAUUGCUCGGGCUCAGCACGGAAUGGGAGCACGUUUGCCAGCAGGCCGCUGCAGUUUCGACUGGCGGCACCGAGUCGAUCAUCGACUUUGUCACAACAAAACUGGCGGGCGGAUUCGUUGCGCACCUGCAGCAAACGCACGCACCGCCAGACGGCACGGCUGGCGAAGCAUUUGGACCCAUCAUGUGCAUUCGCAGCGGAGCCUGGGGCUCUGUCGUCGGAAGAGCUGGGCUGGGCUUCCAGCAUGUGCCCGCAUGGCAUUCAACGUCGGCUCGUAAGGCUGUAGGAGGAUUGGACUGUAGCCCGGAGCGCAUCCGAGACGUGACGGGCGCAGGCAACUCGUUCCUCGGCGGCUUCAGCGCUUACCUCGUGCAGACCGAGUCGCAGUCCCAGCUGGACCCUUCCGCGAGAAUGCGAGAGGCGGCCAUGCACGGCGCCGUGUCCGCCUCGCUCGUCAUCGAACAGCUCGGACUGCCGCACUUUGACAUUGUCGACGGAAAGGAGCUCUGGAACGGUCACACAGCCGCUCAGAGACUAGAGAUUCUCAGAGAUAGACACAAGCCUGUCAGCUAG